GCCAUCGAGGUAGGACGGUUUCACUCUUGUCAUGGGGCUGGCGCUACGGGGCCGCGUGCUAGCCGCGGUGGAAUCCCGCUGGGGAACUGGCAGUUGGAAGGAGCUUGUCCGGAGGGCAAGGACCACAGAGACACGCAGCAGGGAUCUCCGCACCCCAGGGAUGUCCUGGUGCCCAGGGUGGUGCUGGCCCGCGAGCGAUAGCAGCAUGGCCACCCCUGCCUGGCGAUGGGGCGUCUUCUUCUCUGCACUCUGCAGCCCAGGGGGGAGCAACAGCCAGGGCACCUCGUCCCAGCCCAGUGGCCUGGGUGGGCAGGGGCAGCUGGAUCUCGGGGGUCCGGGAGAGGGUGACGGCAGCACCCCCCCUCAUCCAGAGCACCAAUUCAGGCGGUGGGCAAUCAUGGCCCCUGCUCUAUGGAGCAAGGAGGAGGAAUACAGCUGCCAGUACGGCUCGCCCACGUACCUGGCCCUGUGCGGCCUGGGUGGUAUCGUGAGCUGCGGCAUGACUCACACGGCGGUGGUGCCGCUGGACCUCGUGAAGUGUCGGAUGCAGGCAGAGCCCAGCCGCUACCGGAGCCUGAUGCAGGGCUUUUCCCUCACUGUGAAAGAGGAGGGGAUGCGUGGGCUGGCCAGAGGAUGGGCUCCCACCUGCUGGGGCUAUUCCAUGCAGGGCCUCUGCAAAUUUGGCCUCUACGAGGUGUUCAAGCUGCGCUACUCUGAACUGUUGGGGCCUGAGCGAGCCUACCUGUACCGGACCAGCCUCUACCUGGCAGCCUCAGCCACCGCUGAGUUCUUUGCUGACAUCGCCCUCUCUCCCAUGGAGGCAGUCAAGGUGCGGAUCCAGACUCAGAAGGGUUAUGCCAACACGUUACGGGAGGCUGCCCCCAAGAUGUAUCAAGAGGAAGGGCUGUGGGCCUUCUAUAAGGGAGUGACCCCACUCUGGAUGCGCCAGAUCCCCUAUACCAUGAUGAAGUUUGCCUGCUUUGAGCGCACCUUGGAGGCGCUCUAUGCCCACGUGGUCCCCAAGCCACGUAGCGAAUGUACCAAGAUGGAGCAGCUUGGUGUCACCUUUGUGGCUGGUUAUAUUGCUGGUGUCUUCUGCGCUGUCGUUUCCCACCCGGCUGACUCGGUAGUGUCUGUGCUCAACAAGGAGAAGGGAAGCAGUGCUUCGGACAUCCUGAAGAGGCUGGGCUUUAGAGGUGUAUGGAAAGGCCUCUUUGCCCGCAUCCUCAUGAUUGGGACCCUCACAGCCCUGCAGUGGUUCAUUUAUGACUCGGUCAAGGUCUAUUUAAGGAUGCCCCGGCCCCCACCACCGGAGAUGCCUGAAUCACUGAAAAAGCACUCGUUCUUUAACUAGAUCCAGCCUGCAGACUUCACACGGUGAACUCCACUCCUGCUGCACUGAAAUGCCUCAUCCAUGUCUCUCUAGCCUGUGUCAAGCUCUGGGAUCACCACCGUCUACUCUUCUCCAGAAUGACACCCAUCAGAUUAGUUAUCUUUCUCCCACAGACCACGAUGACUGCACUGCAUUCAGGUCCCAGCUGUCUCAGAUGCCAAAACCUCUCCGUCUGCAUACACGCAGACUUAUAUUUGAUUUAUUAAAGGUCUAGUUCGUCAAAGCCUUCAGUCUUGCAAUAUAUGACUCUUGGGAUUUGUCAUGUCUGUUUUCCGAGACUUUUGAAACAAGACAGGUAGUGCUGCCGUGCUGUAGGGAAAGCUGACAGUGCUGUAAGCGGGUGCUUGUUUUCAGAGAUGUACAACUUUUAGAAGAGCCAGAACAUUCCCAAUGGCUGCAAAUAUUAUAGUAAAUAAGUUAAUAUGUUCAGAUACUAAUGCAUUUACAAUAUCCCCCGCCUAUAGUGUUGCUCCAGGUGAUCUACUAGAAUUUUCAACAGUUUCUGUUUUUAUAUUUUACUCUAUGCCAUUGAUAUUUACUAUAUUAGGGGUGUAAAAUACCACAUAUGUUAAUAUUUUUACAGCUUGACAUAUUUUUAAAGGUUAAGGUGUUAAUAAUAUUCUUCUGUGCACAUGGAGCAAUAUUUUUGAGAUGUUUGGAAGUGUGUUUAUUAAUGAACACAUAAAAGUGUCCUGGCUCCCAAAUUUUAAAAUCUGUGCAUAAAACAGAGUUAAUUCAGACCUUCAACCUCCUUCUCUUGUUUUAAAUAAACCAUUUAGGAUAGAAAUAUAGGUAUUAUUAGCCCUAUUUAUAUGUCAUUUCUCUCUCUUCUCUGACUUUCCUUUGUUUAAAUAUAGAUCAAACUGACAUGUGCCAUGGGUUUACUUUAAUAUAGGGGUAUGGGCAUGGUGUAGCUCAAAUGAGAUACUAUAUGCUGGCCACUCAUUCCUAUGCAAUUCAUUUAGCUUAAUGCAUUUUUCCCAACAUGUUAUUUGUUAAAUGUCUAGAUUUUUUUUUAGGAAUAUACA